AUGGAGCUGUGGAACAGAGCCCGAAGCUUUGCGGAAGAAGCUUCCAAACGAUCUCAUGAUUUGUCCUUGGGAGCUUCCAAAUUGAGCGACAUCAUAACAGAGACCACCAAAGAGAUAGCGGUGCAAGCUUCCAAGCACUUGCCCCAACCUUCUCUCGUAAACGACGUCGAUCUCCACCGUUUUGGCAUCACCGAAGAGUUGAGAGAAUUCGUCAAAGGGAUCACCAUCACUACCUUUGAAGAUUUUCCCAUUCAGGAUGAUUCGGAAUUAUCUGAUGUUCCUGCGGUUUCAAAUGUCAGGCAGGAUCUAACUGAUUGGCAGGAAAAACACGCUAGCCUUGUUCUUUCUACAGUCAAGGAUUUGUGCUUCUGUUUGUUUGUUAUUGAGCUCCAAUCCAAGGCAUUUGCAUUGAUUCAAGUGGUAAUGAUCCAGAUGGAUAUUGGAGAAAUAGAAGGAGGGGCGAGGAUAGAGCAAUGCAAUCCACUCAUGAUAACUGGUGACAUGUGCAUCAUGGUAAAUAAAAAGAUGCUUGGUAUUCUUAUUUCCAACUUUGUUGGAGCAAAUCAUUGGGUCAAAGACAUUGCAUUUUUUUCUUUGUUACAGGAGAUUUCUAGAUUGAGGUAUGAACUGUGUCCACGAGUCAUGAAAGAGAGGAAGUUUUGGAGAAUAUAUUUUAUACUUGUGAAUAAUCAUACUGCACCCUAUGAGAAACAGUACAUGGAAGAUGAAAUACUAAAAUCUUCUGAACAUGUAAACGAUCACAAAGUCACAAUGGAACCCUUAAACCCUGAAUUGAUCUGUAAACAAGAGGCGCAAAAAGAGGCCAAAUUAGCAAAUUCAUCAACUGAGAAAGACUUGGAUGCAUUUCUUCUGGGAGAAGGAAACAGUGAUGAUGAGCCUGAUGAUGGCGAUGGAAAAUAUGAUGAUGAUUUGGACAAACUGAUGGAUAAUUCGAUCACCAAAACCAAUGUUAAACAAUAUGCGGCAAAUAAAGGAGUCAGAGUUUACAAACUUUACAGGAAUAGAAGCUGUGGUUAA